GCCAUAGCCAGAAACCUGCCCCUCUGCAGCUGGAGGGAAAAUUGUGAAUGUCUCAAAUCGGUAUCUCGAGCCAAGACCUGUGUCUUUCCUGGGCAUGGAGGUGCAAUAUGUCCUUCUCUUAACUAGACUCGUAGCAGAAGUUGCCAGCAAAUCUACUGAAAGUUCGGUUUCAGAAACAGAAUGCUGUGUGGAUAUGUUGGAUUCAAACACUUCCUGUCCAGUAACCAACCAGUGCAGUCCAGGCUGUUACAGACGAUGGAAUGAGGACGGCAGUAGCAGCUGCAUUAAAUGCAAAAAUGAAACCCUUCCUGCCUCGUCUGCUGACAACCUGACCGAGUGCAGAACCACUGGUAUCAGAGGAACGAAUUUCCCAAAGAAUAUAAGCACUGUAACUCCGUCCAUGCAGAACAUAGGGGGCCCAGAAGUGGCAGCCUCUCUCAUCUUAGGGACAUUUUUCAUCAGUUUAUUCCUGAUUCUGUCUGUUGCUUCUUUCUUCUACCUCAAACGUGCCAAUAAACUUCCUAAUGUUUUCUACAGAAGAAACAAAGCAUCUGUUCUCCAGCCUAGUGAAACAGCAUCCAUGAUACCUCCCCCGACCUCUUCAGUUCGGAAGCCACGAUACGUCAGACGAGAGCGGUCACUAGUGACGUCGGCAUCUGCUGCUAUCAUCUCUUCUUCCGAAACCAGGGUCAGCAAUGUUUAGCCUUCGUUUCUUGACUGAGGACUUGAGGAGUGUACACAGUGUCGAAGGAACCUUUCCUGAAUCCACUGAAGUGCCAGGAAAACGUGGCCAGCAGCUGACCUGAGUGGAAGCCAAAUUACCGUGUCAAAGUGUUUGUGCCAAAUGGUAACGGAGCAGGGGGCUGAUGCAAAGGAACUGAUGUCGGGCUGCAGCCGGCUCGGUGAACUGCUUUGGUGACCUUGAAAUGCACUAUUCCAGCUCUGUGGUUUCGCUCGUCUCCGACAGACGCUGUGUUUAAAAUCUUUACGGAAUCUGCCUUUCUUCUGGUGCGCUUUCAGUCUUGGCGAGUUUCUUCUUCCUGUGUUGUGCUGUGUUCUGUGUCCCCAGAGCUGAACGUCUCGGUGCUGCAGGCCACCGCGAAACACUGGGAUUGCUCAAGGGUGUGGAGUCGAAGGAUCCUCUAGUAAAUGCGAACACCAAGUGCCACUGCUUUAAACUUGUAGGACAAAGUAACAAUACUUAACGUGCAGUAU